AACUACUUAGCUGCUUUUAUCACUUGAUAAUCACUUGCCCCUACUUUGUGUCUUGACUGCCUCCGCUGUGUGAGGCGAGUUCACGACCCCGUGAAAGUCAAAAAGCACAACUUUCCCUCGAAGUGACCAUGAAAGGAUUUUCCAAAUCUCAAUCCCUGUCAGCAGUCCACUUUCUGCUCUACCUACAAGGUGUUGGGCUGUACCAGUAGAACCAACGCAAGUGAAAUCUUUGUUUAGCUCUCUGAUUCGAGGAGAGGUGGCUCUCGCUGCACGCAGAACCUGAGCGUGACUAAUGGGGAAUUCAGUGUUACACGCUUCAAAGCGGUGGUGAGUGUUGAGAGACCUGCCCUGCUUUAUUGACCUGAGCAUCAUUUCUCCUUCAGUCAGCAGCCUAAACUGAAAACGCUUUUGUCAAGUCACUAGAUGGAUUCAGCAGCAGGAAAGGGAAGUAGGCUGAUGGUGAUGGUAUGAAGCUCAAUAAAGGCAACAUCUUUGUCGUCAGCUUGUCUGUAGCAGACCUUGUAGUUGCAGUUUAUCCAUACCCUCUGAUCUUGAGUGCUAUUUUCCAUAAUGGAUGGACCAUGGGAAAUAUUCACUGCCAGAUAAGUGGGUUCCUGAUGGGCUUAAGCGUCAUUGGGUCCAUUUUCAACAUCACGGCAAUCGCAAUCAACCGCUACUGCUACAUCUGCCACAGCCUUCGGUACGACAAGCUCUUCAACCUGAAGAACACCUGCUGCUAUCUGUGCCUGACCUGGAUACUCACCGUGGUGGCAAUUGUGCCAAACUUCUUUGUUGGGUCCCUGCAGUACGACCCGCGGAUUUACUCCUGCACCUUUGCCCAGACGGUGAGUACGUCAUACACCAUCACGGUGGUGGUGGUGCACUUCAUCGUGCCCCUGUCCAUCGUGACGUUUUGCUACCUGAGGAUCUGGAUCUUGGUGAUUCAGGUCAAACACCGGGUGAGACAGGACUGCAAGCAGAAGCUCAGAGCAGCUGACAUCCGGAAUUUCUUGACUAUGUUUGUGGUUUUUGUCCUUUUCGCUGUGUGCUGGGGACCAUUAAACUUUAUUGGCCUUGCUGUUUCAAUUAAUCCUUCAAAAGUGCAGCCACACAUUCCAGAGUGGCUUUUUGUCCUGAGCUACUUUAUGGCCUAUUUUAACAGCUGCCUCAACGCUGUGAUCUAUGGGCUUCUUAACCAGAACUUCCGGAAGGAGUACAAAAGGAUACUGCUGACACUCCGGACUCCCAGGCUGCUGUUCAUCGACGUGUCCAAGGGUGGGACAGAAGGGAUGAAAAGCAAGCCCUCUCCAGCUGUAACAAACAACAACAACCACGCUGAAAUACACUUAUGAGUCAGAACAGUAGUAUUUAUUCUGGAUUGCAAUUGUAGAUAUAAUAUAUAAGAGCCUUUCCCAUGUAUGUGUUUCACAGGUGGCACUGCUGGGGCCUCUCGUGAAAAGGAGGAGUCUGCUACCUGUCAUGCUUAGCUUGCUGCUGUGACAUCCAUGUUCUAAAUAAGGAUUUUCAGGAUGGAAAUGAACAGGGUUUUUUAAUUUUUUUUUUGUUUGUUUGUUUGUCUUGUCAUAUGCCCUCUUCCACCAUGUGCCUAAUGAAUAGGUUUGGUUGCUUUUGCCACAAGCAUGACAACACCCUGGAAAAGGGAAGUGUUCAGAGUGCAUGGAGAAACACAGUUAUGCAGUGCAACUUUUGAGAACCAGCAAAAUCCCCAUGUAUUACAAAGACACUUUUCUUCCCCUCCCUCUGAAUUCCAGUUUUUUAGCAGUAAUAUAAUCCAAAUUAUAACAAGUAACAUGUAAACUGCAUGACUUUUUUACCUGUCCACUUGGGUGUCAGUAUUGGACAGGAAGCAUACAUAUGGGCAUGAUGACUCCCACUGCCUGCGUGUUCAUUCUCUUUAUCUCUUAAGGUUUAGAAGCUGGCCUUGGCUAGACAUGAGGCAGGCAAAAACAAGACUCAGUGAAUGUCUGAUACACUUACUUUAAUUGAAUAUCUGCAGAUAUUAAGCACCCUUGCACUUUCCUUCCCAGGGCAUGAGUAAGAGUAUAGCAUAUGACAUAAUGUAAUUGUAGGAAGAUACUUGGAGCCUGAUUCUAAUUUAGGCAGUAUCCUGUGAUGGCCAGCGUUCAUUCCAAAUGUCUUUCAGAAGUUUCUGCUACAUAAACAUCAUUUGAAAAAGAAACAAAAAGAUGACUAUAGCAGAGUCCCAUCUGUUCAAUGCAGGUGUUGGCUUUUAAAUUUCAGUCAUAUUUACUUUUCCAGACAAAGGGAGAAGUGGAAGGAAGUGUUUGCUCCAAACAUCUCUCCUUUUGCCCACUACCUGAUGUGAAGUUGAUAGGGAAAGUAGAACAUUUGUUUUGGUUUGGUUUGUUUUUCAUGUAUGAAGCUGUAAUUAAUUCAUGGAGCUGGAAGAGGAAAGAUACUUCAGGAUAUUCUUGCAAUAGUUUUCAGACUGAACUCUGGAAAAAACUAUCCUGAGGUGCUGGGAAGGCAAAUGCUGCAUUAGAAACAAGCACGUGGCAAAGACGUGUCUGUUGCUUUAAUGGAGUGGGAGUAUAAAGGCAGCUGUCUGUAAAUAUGA